CCGAAAAUAACGCACUGUCGAAAAACCGUCAAACUUGAUAAGCACGUCUCUGGCAAACUGGCUCAGCCGCCUCAGCCGCCUCGGGUACAUAAGCCGAGGCGGGGAUGCCUUCAGACUGUGAAUCUCAUGAACUAUUUUACAGCACGCACCACAAACAUUUCAUUAUCACAAUCCAGCAUCUCGAACAUGACCCAGUCAAGGCAUUCUGUCUCCGACCUUAUCUACCAGUGCGAAGUCCGCCAAUUCGCACGAUACCGGCCAAAACCCACCACACCACGCACCUUCGUGCUUGAGAAAGUGAUGCGAUUUGAGAAGCAGCGCCUCGGCCUUAUUGGCAAAAAAUCCGUGAGCGACAUUGUCGAGGAACUACAUGACUACCUAGGUCUCGCCGUAGCGGCGGAAGAAAAUCGCCCUGCCGACGUCCCUAGCAGCGUCCCCAUCUCGCUGUCCCCUGGUAGCCGCAGCCCCCCGUCGGCCUCCCACAAAGCGUCCACCGUCCCGCAAAUCAUGGCACCCGCCCCCGGCUUCUGCACCCUCCCCAUCUCGGCCGACCUUGCCUUCGCAAUCCCUCAACGCGAUACCCUCGCCGACUACCAAAAGCGCCGCGCUCGCAUCGCCGCCGAGUCCCAGUCCGCCCGCCCACCCGAGAUGGGGACGGUGUCCCUCGGUAGCCGCAUCCCCCCGUCGGCCCCCCACAAAGCGUCCACCGUCCCGCAAACCAUGGCACCCGCCCCCGGCUUUUGCCCCCUCCCCAUCUCCGCCGACCUUGCCUUCGCAAUCCCUCAACGCGAUACCCUCGCCGACUACCAAGAGCGCCGCGCUCGCACCGCCGCCGAGUCCCAGUCCGCCCGCCCACCCACCUUCAACCGUGACGCCUCCAUCUGCAAAAUCAGCGGAACCCAGGAUGCGGGCUUGGAGACCAUCCGGCCAGCGCCCUCCGACGACCCCGCCGUCCUGUUCCCGAAGCACUCAUCCCACCACCAGAAAAAGAGCCACUCAAUCAAAUUCGGCCGUGUCAUAAACAAGUUGAAGAAAGCCCUGUCCUUCCCACGUACAGAUUAUUCCACUCAACCCCUUGCUCACGCCGUUGAUCGGGAGAGUUCGGCAGAGUCGGGUCCGGGAUACCUGACGGCUUGGCGGUUUUGUGUGAUACCGCCGACGGAGAGACGGGGGACCCGUGCCGACCCAGGGGAAGGCAAUUGUCCUCCGCCCUCCCCCCUCAGAAUCUGGCUGGAUUUCAUCUUGAACAUUUUGAUCCCUUCCUUCCUGUGCCGCCGGACUUCACUCAACGGCUCCCAUGACUUCCGACCAUUCCUGAGGUCAUGGCGAAUAUUCUCUUAACGACAAUGAGAAAAAGUCGUUUACGUCUCAAGACGGAACUGUUCGCCCGCCUCGCCCGCGAACAUAGAUAGCACAGAAACACAUAUACCUCAGAUAGUGUAGUUUGAAAGUUUGAAAGUUUGAAAGUUCAAAAAGAAAAUGAAGUUCAC